ACACACAAGUGGAGUAAAACUUAUCCCAAACUCAAAGCAAAGAAAAAAGAAGAACAAAACCAAAGUUAGAUACUAACAAGGAAGAAGCCUCAAAUAUCUUAGUGCCAAUUAGGUCAUGUCUCCUACUUCUACUUCUACUUCAUCUCCAGCCACAUCUACCGGUACAAGUGUGUUUGAGAUUGGAAAGCACAAGACUCUGCUCCUGAGUGUUGAGACCACCGGUUCAUCACUCUCUGCCCUCCCUCCGAAGCCACUGCUGAUUGCCACACCAUCAGAGGCUGGAGAAUUCCCAGUGUUGCUGUUACUCCAUGGCUAUCUUUUCUACAAUUCUUUCUACUCUCAGCUCAUCCAACACAUUGCUUCCCACGGAUUCGUUGUUGUUGCUCCUCAGUUAUACUGUGUGGCUGGACCAGAUACAACUGAUGAAAUCAAGUCCGCGGCUGCAGUAACAAACUGGUUCUCGGAAGGACUCGACAAGGUUCUCCCAACCAAUGUUCUCCCAAACCUCAGCAAGAUUGCCCUUUCUGGCCAUAGUCGCGGAGGGAAAGCCGCUUUUUCCCUUGCUCUGGGCAAAACAGCCACUCCGAAAUCCUUGAAAUUUUCAGCAUUAAUAGGGAUAGACCCUGUUGAUGGCAUGGACAAAGGGAAACAAACUCCCCCAAAAGUACUCACCUAUGUUCCUAACUCCUUUGAUCUUGAAAUGGCAGUUUUGGUAAUUGGUUCCGGUUUGGGUGAAGUACGAAAAAACCCUUUGUUUCCUCCUUGUGCUCCCAAGGGGGUUAACCAUGAAGAUUUUUAUAAGGAAUGCCGAAAACCGGCUUGCCAUUUCGUUGCUAAGGACUAUGGCCAUGUUGAUAUGCUUGAUGAUGACACAAAGGGGAUCAGAGGGAAGUCCAGUUAUUGUUUGUGUAAAAAUGGCAAGUCUAGAGAACCCAUGAGGAGUUUUGUUGGUGGGAUUGUUGUGGCUUUCUUGAGAGCUUAUUUGGAAGGCGAUUUUAGUGACCUUGUUGGUAUUCGAUAUGGGCAUGAGAAGGUGCCUUUGGAGCUUCAAAAGGUUGAGUUUCUUGACUGAAACUGGGAUACAGAAGAGGAGAGAAGAACUCAAACUUGUUGCUUGAAGAUGAAGAUUUGUUACCAUAACUUCAUUUUCUGUGCUUCUUUAGUUCUAUAUAGUUAUUUACUGAUAGCAUCAGAAAUGAUGAAAAGAAUUUGUGAUAACCUUGUGAUUUCAGUACUGAAUUCACUCACCGUAAGUACAGAGUUCGCUAUAGAUCUAUCAAUAAAGAGUUGUGUUUAUUUUGCCUUUA